AUGGCAUCGAAUUAUAUUGUAUCUGCUCAGAAACCCACUGCAAUAACACAUGCGGUAGUCGGGAAUUUCACUGCACCUGGAGACUUGAAUUUAGUUCUUGCAAAAACUAACAGGAUUGAAUUAUUGUCGAUCACUCCAGCUGGUUUAAAGCCUUUUCGAGAGGUACCGAUUUUUGGAAGGAUAGCAGCAGUGAAGGCUUUUAGGCCCCCUAGUGAGAAUGUUGAUAGUCUCCUUGUGCUAACAGUAAAAUAUAAUUUGGCUAUUAUCUGCUGGGAUGAAAAUGGGGGACUGCGAACGCGAGCUUCAGGGAAUAUUGCAGAACGUGUUGGGAGGCCAUCGGAAACUGGCAUUAUAGCUUCUGUUCAUUCAUCUGGUUUAAUGGUAUUUCGACUCUACGAUGGACUUCUCAAGGUUGUUCAGUGGGCAGAUAACAAGGACCUAAGAUGUUAUAAUAUAAGAUGCGAUGACCUUUAUAUUAUCGACAUUGAUUUCUUGCAAGAUUCAGCCCAGCCGUCUGUUGUAUAUAUUUACCACGAUCAAAAUGGACGACAUUUGAAAGCCGCACCCGUCAACUCUCACGAAGAAUGCUUAACUUUGUGGAAACAAGAUAAUGUUGAGGCAGAUGCUUCAAUUGUUAUUCCUGUACCUCUUCCUUUUGGAGGCGUCAUUGUGAUUGGAGAAGAAUCUGUUUCUUACAUUAAGGAGCCUAAUAUUUUUGUGGCAAUUGCUCCGCCGCAAAUGCAUCAGUCAACAAUUAUAUGCUAUGGUCGAAUAGAUCGUGAUGGUCAACGCUUCCUUUUAGGAGAUCUUUUAGGACGUAUUUUUAUGUUGUUGCUUGAUUACGAAGUAACCUCUGAAGGAGGUCGGAAUGUUAAAGAUCUGAAACUUGAACUUCUUGGAGAAACAUCUAUUCCUGAAUGCAUAGUAUAUUUGGAUAAUGGGGUGGUUUUCAUUGGGUCUCGCUUUGGGGAUAGUCAGCUCAUUCGACUGACUACAGAACCGCUGGAAGAUGAUACCUUUAUCAUUCCAAUGGAGAAUUACGUAAAUUUGGCUCCAAUUCGUGACAUGGUUGUAAUCAAUCAAAACGGACAGAAAGAAGUGAUCACUUGCUCGGGAGGUUUUAAGGAUGGGUCUUUGCGUGUAAUUCGUAACGGCGUUGGGAUUGAAGAACUAGCUUCUGUGGAACUAGCCGGAAUCAAAUCGUUAUUUGCUUUGAAUGUUGAUUCUGAAAUGGACGAUUAUUUAGUAGUUGGUUUUAUUGGAGAAACUCAUAUCUUUAAAAUAUGUGGAGAAGAACUGGAUGACACGUCUCUCCCGGGGAUGUCCACGGAAGAAGCAACUCUUUGGGCAGGAAGAAUUGUUAAUGGUGGAAUCGUCCAAGUGACUCCAUCUCAGGUUAUACUCAUCCUGACUGACAAGUGUGACACAUGGAAACCACAACAGGAGAUUUCUGUUGUUUCUGCGAAUGAGAAAAGUGGCCAAAUCGUAGUAGCAUGUGGUAAUCAGCUCAGCUAUAUUCGUGUUACUGAUCAUAUCGAAAUUGUUGCCGCAGUUAAUUGUGACUAUGAGAUUGCUGCAAUAGACGUCGGUCAGAUUGGUGAUAAUGUUGAGUCAAAUCUAUGUGCUGUAAGUUAUUGGACAGAAAUGUCAGUCGCGUUGCGUUCCUUACCGGACUUGAAAGAAAUUGUGCGAGAAAAGGUAGCCAGCGAAAUGCUUGCGCGUUCUCUACUUAUAUAUUCUGUUGAAUCUGUUGUAUACUUGCUUGUAGCUCUUGGAGAUGGAACACUUCAUUAUUUUCAGAUUGAUCAGAAGACGGGAGCUUUGAUGGAACCGAAGAAAGCCACUUUGGGUACUCAGCCUACCACGCUAAAAAGAUUUUACUCUAAAGAAGUUUGUAAUGUUUUUGCAUGCAGUGAUAGGCCGGCCGUUAUAUAUCCAUCAAACCAAAAAUUGGUUUUUUCGAAUGUGAACUUAAAAUUAGUUUUCCAUAUGAGUCCACUGAACUCGGCAGCAUAUGAAGAUUGUCUAGUCAUGUCCGAUGGUCAAAUGCUUGUAAUUGGAAGGAUCGACGACAUACAAAAACUACGUAUUCGUACUGUGGAGCUUGGAGAGGGACCAGCGCGGAUAGCACAUCAGGCUGAAACUAAUACCCUUGCUGUACUAUUUUUGGGACCAGACGGUUGUCGUCGUUGCCGACCUUGUGCGUCAAAAUUAGCUGGAAGUACGUCUGGAAGUGUGAUUUCUUCUUCACCUCAGGACGAUGCGGAACAGAUUGAGGUUAACUCAGUUGUUAUAUUGGAUUCCAACACUUUUGAAGUGAUCCAUUCUCAUCAGUUUGCUGCUUCCGAAGUUGCACUGUCAUUAAAAUCCUGUAAACUUGGAGAUGAUCCGCAAGUUUACUAUGCGGUUGGCACUGCUAUGGGGAAGAUUUAUAUAUUUCAAAUGAAUCCUAUUUCUGAAGGGAAACGUUUGCGUCUGAUACAUGAGAAGGAAGUUAAGGGCGCGCCUUACUCUAUACAGAUUUUAAUGGGAAAGUUAGUUGUCGCUAUCAACAGUUGUGUCCGUUUGUUUGAGUGGACACAAGAUAAGGAACUUCGAUUAGAAUGUUCGGAUUUUGACAAUGUCACAGCUCUUUACCUUAAAACACGCGGCGAUCUUGUCUUGGUGGCUGAUUUAAUGCGAUCACUUUCACUCCUGUCGUAUAAGUCCAUGGAAUCUAGUUUUGAAAAGAUUGCCAGAGAUGUUGUCACCAACUGGAUGUCAGCAUGUGAAAUAAUCAACUCAGAGACUUUCUUGGGAGCAGAAAACUCGUAUAACUUAUUCACUGUAGUAAAAGACACAUCUGCAUUGAACCGAGAUGAAAGCACACGGCUCCAAGAAGCAGCUAUGUUUUAUUUGGGAGAAAUGGUUAACGUCUUUUGUCAUGGUUCACUAAUUUCUUCUCAUAUGGACACCAUGAGCCCUCCAGUCUCGACGCCAAUUCUAUACGGCACAUGUGACGGUGGAGUUGGCAUAAUAGUGCAGCUAGAUGCAGACUACUUUCAGUUCGUCCGUGAACUGGAGCGGAGAAUCGCAGGCGAAACAAAGAAUUGCAUGAGGAUUCCACAUAGCAGUUAUCGUUCGUUUGCUACUGAGAAACGUUUAGAACCAGCUAAUGGUUUUGUAGACGGUGACCUUGUCGAAAGUAUUCUAGACCUGCCUCGCGAAACUGUAGGGAAGAUUGUGGAAAACCUAAAAAUGCCUGAAGAACAAGAACCGAGGAAUGCUACAGUUGAAGAAGUAUUGAAGUUUGUUGAGGACCUCUCCAGGAUACACUAA